AUGAAGAUCCUCCGCACGUCGGAACGUUACUGGGCGGUGGUGGCAUUUAUUUGUCUUACCGGCGCCAUCUCGAUGGUUCAGUCGCAGAUACCUGGCUUCGGUACAUGCCCGGACUACUCGCCCAUACUUCGCUUCAACCGGACACGCUUUCUCGGGACCUGGUACGAGAUCGAGCGGUACUUUACGGUCACGGAGGUUGCAACCAAGUGCGUCUCGGUGACCUACGAGCAGCGGGCGGACGGGAAGAUCUACGUACGGAAUGCGUACACCAACCGAUUCAAUGGCGUCGAGCGGAUCAUUUCCGGCGUGAUGGAUAAAGGCGCCAAAACGCCAAAAGAUGGCCGAUAUCAGAUCGAGUACACCUCAUUCCCGUACAACUACAACGCGUCGGUGAUGGUCCUCGACACGGACUACGAUUCCUUUGCCGUGCUGUACUCAUGCAGUUCCUUCGGUCCAGUAGGACACGCCGUUUCCGCAUGGUUGAUGGCCCGCGAGCGACUCCCGGCCGGUCCGGUUCUUCAGCGUGCGUAUGGCGUGCUGGAUAAGUAUAAAAUUUCGCGAACCUUCUUCUUGCGCACCAACCAGGAGGAUUGUGUGACCCUGGCCCCACCGGAACCGGCCAUCGACCCGACGGAACCGACCACUCAGGACGCCCGGAAUGAGGGCGUUGUCGUGCGGAACGAGGAUGACUUGCAGCAGUUGCGCAGUGACAUGUUUGCCGGGGCUCCGGUUCCACUAGAAGUUCCCAGUGUUCCGGUAGGAGAGAGUAACUCAUAA